UUGUUUAGUGUGGAUUAUAUUUUAGGAUAUUUCAAUGCACUCUUUCGAAAACGGCAAACGGAAUGAAUGAUUUGAAAGAGAGUGCGGGUAUGCGAGUGUGAAUAAAAAAUUGUGAUUAUUUGGAUACGAAAAAGUGAAAAAUUAUUAAGAUAUUGGUGAAGAAAUCUGUUGAAGUGCUUUUGGAAUAAUAUAAUAAAAUUGUGUGCUGUAGGGCAAAGGCUUUCUACAAUAUUUUCUGGAGCUGAAAGAAGGGUGAAAAGUAAGCGGGCACCUACUUACGUAUUGUACAUCGUUUGUCAUAUUGAUGCGUGUGUAUACGUAAAUCACUUUUUGAAUAAGAUUAAUUUAGACAAGUGGUAAUCGCACGGGGUUAACGGAUUGAAACCUUUUUGAAGACAUCAUUGCAAUUCACAUCAUUACGAUUCGUUAAAUAUAAAUUACAGAAAAUGGUUGAUUAUUACAAAGUUCUCGACAUAUCGCGAAGUGCGACAGAAAGCGAAGUGAAAAAAGCCUAUAAAAAGUUGGCAUUGAAGUGGCAUCCUGAUAAAAAUCCUGACAAUUUAGAUGAAGCCAACAAGCGAUUUAGAGAACUAUCGGAAGCCUAUGAAGUUUUAUCGGAUGCACGUAGACGGAAAAUUUAUGAUACGCGUGCGACUCUACAGAAGGAAGCCUCCAAUUGCAACUACUCCAAAAGCAGUGGCUAUACGAGUGGCAGUGGUUAUAGAUAUCGAACCCGCGCUGAUCCCAAACGCGAUUACAACUACAACUAUAACGACGACGAAUACACUAAACCUGGGAACCGCCACCACUCCUUUACUUUUCGCAAUUUAUUUGAAUGGACACCAUUCCAUAAAUUAUUUGAAAAAAAGCGACGUGUUUAUGACCAAUAUGGCAAGGAAGGGCUGUUGGGUGAUCGUGGUCAUCAUCGGUCUUCGCGGCACCAUCAUACGCAUGACUUCGAUGACUUCGACAUAAUGGGCGGUUUUCCAUUUGUGUUCCGCCCGCCAGAGGAAGUUUUUCGGGAAUUUUUCGGUGUAAAUUCACCGUUCGCUGAUUUGUUUCGAGAUGUACAUGGUUAUCCUCAGUCGAAUAGACACAAUAACGGACUUAGCAGCGGUGGACGUCAACAUGUCGGCACCAAAUUGGCUUCACCGUUCGGAGCGCCAAUGCUGAACUACUCUAUGAUGGAUUUUAUGAUGCCCUCAAAUGGAUUCACUUCAUUCAGCACGUUCAAUUCAGUGCCAAAUGGGAGGGGUGGUGCGGCAAAUGGCGCCGUUAAACGCACAUCGACUUCAACGACAUUUGUCAACGGUAAAAAAUUAAUGACUAAACGAGUCUAUGAAAAUGGAAAGGAGACUGUAUUUUCAUAUGAAAACGAUGUCCUGAAAUCAAAGACUGUGAACGGAGUCCCUUCAAUUACAAAUUAAGAAAAGUCAUAAACUUAACAGAAAUAAGAAAGAGGAAAAAAAUCAAAACUAUGCCACAUUUAAUGCUCCUCUCUAAGCCUAGGAUUUCCCACUACCAUAGUUCAGUUAAUUUCGUUAUUAUUUUUUAUACGAAUAUCGUUAAUGAUAAUAUACAUAUACAUAGACAUUAAUUAGGUAUUAGUCCAGAGAAUGAAUUUGAUGAUUCUCCUCUUUUAUGUUUAUUUUUUAUUAUUUAUCACGAACAGUAUAAAUGAGAGAGUGUACACUAUAUAUUUUAAAAGCUAUAGAUUAACUAAAAGUAAGAAGUGAGGAGGAUACUUUCGUUCAUAUAUGAUGGAAUAAGAUUGCCCUUUUAAUUUUGAAAAAUUCUGGAAUGCAGCUGAUUUAUUAUUCUUUCACUCUAUAGGAAUUAAUUACUCUAGAUAACGAUUUCCUGUGUAACUAAAUUUUACUAUAUGGUAUAUUAAAUUCAUUAUAAAUUAACGGAAUUGAAACUACUGGAAUUUUAAUUCGCUAUAUUAAGACUCUGGACUUACGUAUUUAAAGUCAAAAUGAAGUAAAGAAGAAUAAAUCAAUAAGAUGGAUUAUAAAAAAGUUUCAUGAGAAAGAAAGUUGAAUUAUAAAACAUACUUUUUUUUAAUUUUCUUUGCCAAUUUAUAACAAUAACUUCUUUUUGGAUACACAAAUGAUUGAAUUAAAAUGUGAUACAUGCCUACAUUUCUAAAAUUUAAUAAUAAACAGGCAACCACCAUCAGCCUAAGGAAGUCGAAUGAAUAAUUAUUUUUAACAAAUUUAUUUUAAUUUACUUUUCGCAAAACCCUUUGAUUUAAAUUAAAAAAUCGUCAACGUUUGUUUACUAAAGUUCGCCAGGCAUGUUACUUAAUGUAACCAAUCUUUAAAGGACUGCACUCUAACCAUAUGUGCGACCAAAUAUAUAUGUAUGUAUGCUCUUCAAUAAUUUCGAUGGUAGUACGUACUAGACAACUAGAUGAUCUUAGAUAUAAACAAUGUUCUAUUUCGUAAUAUCUUUUUUUUUCUUUGUAUUCAUGAGCAAAGAAUAUAAAUAAAUUUAAGAUGUAUGAAAGUCAUAAAGCAAGAAUUGUGAAUGUAAUGUUUAUUGAAUGUAUAUGCAAAACGUGAAUAGUUUCAAUAAUAUCUAGGAGGUAGUGUUAUAAUUAAAAUAAAAAAUACCUAACAUGUUAAUAAAAUAAAGAGAUUUAUUUCGGCUCCAGAUAUUUAAGUA